AUGGCGGCAGAUGGUGAAAUUGUUGUUCAAUUGGAAGAAGAUGAUGUUGCAGCUGAAACAGAGAAAUGGAAUUUAUCCUUAGUUGCUUAUGUGGUUGGCAAUACCCCCUCAAUUGGAGCCAUGGAGAGAUUCAUAGCUAAUCAGUGGAAUUUUGUGACAAAACCUAAAGUACUCCUUCACAAUGAUGGAUACUUUGUUAUUCGAUUUGCUAGUGCGAAGGACAGAAAUGCAGUCUUAUUCUUUGGGCCUUAUACAUUGUACAAUCAACUUAUCAUACUAAGAUCAUGGUCUGUAGACUUUGAUUUCAAUGAGGAAGUACUAAGGACCAUUCUUUUGGGGGUAAAACUUCCAAACAUGCCUUUGAAGUGCUGGAGUGAAAGAUCCCUAAGCAAAAUUGGGAGUGGACUAGGAAAGCCAAUAUAUGCUGAUGAAUGUACAUCUAAAGCUGAGAGGAUAUCCUAUUCUAGGCUCUUGAUUGAGAUGGAUGUAAGUAGGCCUCUUCCUGGCACUAUCAAAGUAUGUGAUCCUAUAGGGAAGAUUAUUGACCAACCAUUAGCUUAUGACUGGAAGCCACAAUACUGUCAUUUGAAGGAUGAGAUGAAGAAACUAGCAAAAAGGGAGCCGGGCAAGGUUGAAGAUAGAAUAGCACAGGCCAGGGAAAAGCUGAAAACUAUACAAAUACAAAUGAGAGAUCCUGCAGGAGCUUAG